AAACAGAUCCCUGACGUUUCUCCAUUAUUCUCCCGAAGCCGCCUCGUCAUGCUGUUCCCUGCUAACUAACCGUCAAAAGGAUCACAUUUCUCGGUUAUUUAGGAGGGUUUUAAAAGACAUUUUCAGUGUUUAAAGUUCACCUGAGGUCACCUGGAGAGAAAACAGAAAUGUCCCGAGGCUCAAACGCAGGAUUUGACCGACACAUCACCAUCUUUUCCCCGGAGGGCCGCCUCUACCAAGUCGAAUAUGCCUUCAAAGCAGUUACUCAGAGCGGGCUGACGUCCGUGGGGGUCCGAGGGACUGACACCGCUGUGGUGGUCACACAGAAGAAAAUACCUGACAAGCUGCUGGACCCCGACACUGUGACCAACAUCUUCAAACUGACCACUCGCAUCGGCUGUGUGAUGACCGGACAGGGAGCGGACAGUCACUCCCAGGUCCACCGCGCUCGAUUGGAGGCAGGAGAGUGGAAAUAUAAGUUUGGUUACGACAUCCUGCCGGACAUGUUGUGUCGCCGGAUGGCUGAAAUCUCUCAGGUCUACACACAGAACGCCGAGAUGAGACCCCUAGGCUGCUGUAUGAUGUUGGUGGCUAUAGACCCCCAGCAGGGUCCCGUCCUGUUUAAAUGCGACCCGGCAGGAUAUUAUUGCGGCUUCAAGGCCUCAGCCGUCGGGGCCAAACAGACGGAGGCCAACAGCUACCUGGAGAAGAAGAUGAAGAAGAAGCCGGAGCUGACCCACGACCGGACCGUACAGAUGGCCAUCACAUGUCUGUCCUCUGUCCUCUCCGUGGACUUCAGACCAUCUGACCUGGAGAUCGGCGUGGUCUCUAAAGAAAAACCAAAGUUCAGGUUGCUGUCGGAGGAAGAGAUAGACGCUCACCUGGUGGCCAUCGCAGACCGGGAGUAAAGGUGCUCUCAAAACAAACUUCAGACCGCCAUCAUAGUUCUUCAUUUUCAGCGUGCUUGAUUCAUCCCAGUUUAGCAGCACUGUUAGCUAAACAUGAAGUACACACCUGUGUCAAGGAAGGUAGAUACAGCACGUCUGAAGGAGACCCUUUUUAAAGAUGGAUAAAGGUUUGAUUUCUAGUGUUUCACCAGCGGUUCUUUUUCAAUAACUUUUACCACCAAUAAUGCAAUGUUGGGAAUCUGUCAAACCAUCAAACACAACUAACACAUUUCUCCUCCAUCUGUGCAACAUAUGUCCAUUAAUUUGAA